CCUCCGCCACCGAUGACGCCGCCGCCGCCACCCCCGCGCAUGCCUCCCGUCGAAAAGCCGCCGCGAGGCAAUCACCACCAUCAUCAUCAGUCGUCGGCAGGCCAAGGCGUGCCUCGCUCGCCGCCCGCUGUCAAGCCCUCAGAACCGGAAAGCCCUUCCGAGGAGAAGCGGGAGUCGGGUAGUCCGCCCCCGUCGAUCCUGCUCCAGGGCAAGGAGACUGCGACGGGUCGGUCACGCUCACGGUCGCCGAGGGUGACGAGAAUGUCUUCGUUCUUGCAAGCGAGGAAAGUUCGACACGAGCUCGGGUCCGGCAGGAAAACUCCGUCGCCGCCGCGGUCGAUCGCCACCGACGACGACAACGAUGAGAUCGCUGCCGCCGAGUACAAGCUCGCCAUCGUCAGCACCAAUCGGGCGACGCCGGUCGUGGCUGGCACGUUGCGCAACCAACUCGACAAGGCGGUCCAGGUGCACAUACGCACGCUGGACAAGCGUCUCGUCGCGUGCAGCGUCCUCGCCGGUGUGCUGGCGGUGGCGCUCGUGGCGGUGGUGCUGUUUGCUCUGCUCGACAGGUGAUUUACGAGGACCGCCCGCUCUAUAGAGUGAUGUUCGCUGGAUGCCGGAAGCACUCGCCGACGGCUCGCUCUCUACGCUGCUCGACGGACGAUGCCACACAUAGGGUCGCCUAGAUUAAAAAGUAAUGCCGCGGCCUACCUGACGCGCACUGUAUAGGUGCCCGCUCUGCUAUUGAGUGUGGGAGCGGCCUGCGCGCUAUUCUUCAGUUGGGCCUAGCGCUGCUA